CCAUCUACAGUUCUACUCGUAAUACUCGGAUGGACCCCCGCCUUGGUUAGGGGCUUAGGGCAUGGCGGUCUUUUGAGCAGCGGUUGAAAAUUUGGAAUUCUCCAACAGCCACUACAGCGUCAACGUGUUUCAUUGGAAGGUCGCAGAGGGAGCACUGCGACCACGUAACUCGAACCAGGAGUUCACCCUGGUGAGGGCGAGCAGAAACUCUUUACAUGGAUGAUGGAUCAUGGCGGAAGAGUGGAAGAAGAAGAAGAAGGAAUGUUGACAUGUUUUGUAUUCGAAGAAACGGGCGGGAAGAACGAAGGUAUUACCAGUCAUCAGGAAAGGCGGGAAAUAUGCUUGAAUGGCUGUGGCCGUCCUACUAACGUGUGCCUCUGCUCUGAACUCCCUUCUGAACCCCUCUUAACUUCCACCCAAAUCCUUAUCCUACACCAUCCUCACGAGCUCCGCCACAAGCUCGCCACCGUCCCCGUACUCUCCAAAUGCCUCCGGAACUGCCAAACCAUCGUCGGCCGCCGCCUCCGUCUUGGCUCUUCCCCUCUCCUCGACUCCCUCUACAGAGCCUCUGUUGACAACCCCAGUCGACCUCGUCGAGCGAUAUAUCUCUUUCCAGGUACCGAUUCGUCGCCCUCGGUUGAACUGAACGAUUGGGUUUCGUUAAACUCUUCAAAAGAAGAUGGAAUAAGUGAUUUGGUUUUGAUUGUGUUUGAUGGUACUUGGAAGCAUGCUAAGGAGAUGGUAAGUGCGAGUCUUCCGUUCUUGUCAAUGUUUGCGACUCAAGUUUCUUUGAAUUAUGAUACUGGCGUGGAGGGUGGAACUAUAUUUGAUUCCGACUUGGUUCUUAGAAAGGAGCCAUUUCAUGGGUGUAUGAGUACGAUGGAGGCCGUUGCUCGGUCUUUGCGGGUUCUCGAGCCUCGUGGGGUUGAGAUUGAGCAGAGAUUGAUUUCGGUUUUGAGGGCUAUGGUUAAGUUCCAGGCUGGUUAUUUGAAGCCUCUGAAACCAAGGCCGAAGUUGGCUAAGAAGGGAAAAGAAGUUGAUAAGAAUAAGCACCUCUGAUUUGUUGGGUUAGUGGAUUCUCUCUUACAUUUGAAACGGGUUCAUUUGACUUAAUCAAUCGCAUUGUUGUAUGCACAGCAAUUUGCAUCAUGGUUAUAUUUAUGAAACCCUGAUCGAGAAAAAAAUUGUAUCUCUUUGUAUAAUUUCUUUUCUCUGAGAAGUUGCAUCUAUCCUUUAACUGUGUUGAUACCUCAGUACUCUUUCUGGGCAUUCUUAUCUUAUCUGAAAAGCGCACAAAGGAAUAUGAAGAUUUAUUAGAUAAUUGGCCAAUCUACUGUAUCUCUCUGUGUACUGCUUUGGCGUGUGGAAGCAAGUGAUACGCGUAUACUGUGUUUGUUGGUUUGUUCAA